AUGCUGCUCAACACUCCGCCCAAAAAGAUCGUGUCCCGAGACUUCGACAGCGACGACAACACCAGACCCGCGACAUUCCCCUCGCCAACACCCCCAUCUACAACAAUGUCGACCGCCGAACUUGCCGCUUCCUACGCCGCUCUCAUCCUCGCGGAUGACGGUAUUGAGAUCACCGCCGACAAGCUCCAGACUCUGAUCUCCGCCGCUAAGAUCGCCGAUGUCGAGCCCAUCUGGACGUCGCUGUUCGCCAAGGCGCUUGAGGGCAAGGACGUCAAGGAGCUUCUGCUGAAUGUUGGCUCUGGUGGCCCUGCUGCCGCCGCACCUGCCGGUGGUGCUGCCGCUGCUGGCGGUGAGGCCGAGGAGGCUAAGGAGGAGGCCAAGGAGGAGGAGAAGGAGGAAUCCGACGAGGAUAUGGGCUUCGGUCUCUUCGACUAA